UAAUGUAUGCAUGCUUCCGUGUCCUGGACCCACACAAACAGACACACCAGUACAUGAAUAUGGAUCUUAUUUCCUUCUAGGGCUUUCUGCUCCACUCCACUCUUGAAUUCUCCCCCAAAUUACACACCCCUCACCCUCUAAUUCUUAACUAAUCUCUCAAAUUCAAUCAAUUAAUGGCCAAAACAAAGCCUGGAAAGAAAGAUCUAGACACCUACACUAUCAAAGGAACCAACAAAAUCGUCAGACCGGGAGAUUGUGUGUUACUCCGGCCGUCAGAGUCCGAUAAGUUACCCUACGUUGCGCGAGUCGAAAAGCUCGAAGCGGAUCAUCGGAGCAAUGUCAAGGUCCGAGUGCGUUGGUAUUAUCGCCCCGAGGAGUCUCUUGGAGGUAGACGACAGUUCCAUGGCGCCAAGGAGCUGUUUUUGUCUGAUCAUUACGAUAUGCAGAGUGCUCAUACUAUUGAGGAUAAAUGCAUUGUGCAUUCCUUUAAGAACUACACGAAGCUCGAGAAUGUUGGUGUGGAGGAUUAUUUUUGUCGGUUUGAGUAUAAGGCGGCGAAUGGAGCUUUUACUCCGGACCGGGUGGCAGUGUAUUGUAAGUGUGAGAUGCCCUACAAUCCUGAUGACUUGAUGGUCCAGUGUGAAGGGUGCAAAGAUUGGUUUCAUCCUUCUUGUAUGGGUAUGACGAUCGAUGAAGCUAAGAUGCUGGAGCAGUUUUUAUGUGGUGAAUGUGCAUCUGAGGAGGAUGCUAAAAGAUCCUCGAACACAUUCCCAGUCCCAGAACCUUCUACUGAGGCUAAGCCAAAGCGCAGAAAGAGAUGACUCUUGCGAUGCCUCGCCAUGGAGGUAUACUCAAUUUUCUUGUCGUAUCUGUUGCAGUUGUCUGUUGUGGAAUUGUACAGUGCGAAGAAGUAACUGUGCUUGCACAAACAGGUGGCUUUGGGAAGCUAACUUGACAUUUGUUAGAUGUGUGUGUUAGAGUUCUUAGUGACUGAACUUCAUUCAUACCUGAGUACAUUUUGUGCCAAACAAGUGUUAGAACUAGUAUGUUUAGCCACGUGUAGAUUAAAUUAAGGUUGUCAAACUAAUUUAUUGAGAAACAGUGUUGAAGCUGCUGCUGUGAUGUGUACACUUGUAGUUGGCCAGGGUGAUUUUCAAAUGUAAUGUAGAUCUUCUGUUCCACUAGGACCUUCACUUACUGUUUUUGGGUACUCUUGCUGAAGUAAAUGUAAUUUUAGUACCUUCCGUAAUACAAGGUAUCGGGUCAGCCCUAGUUUGCCGGGGGUUCUUGAGAGGUUUUUUAUAGUGAUUUUCUGUUUCCUAUAGGGUGUCUGGGAGAGUGAAUGGGAAGAGGGGCUGCUUUUUUAGUUCCUUCAAGUCUACAUCGUUGUCAUUGUCUUGAUACAGUGGACUUGAAUUUGAUGCUAUGUAAUAACAGUACAUAACAGUACGAGUUUGUCUUUAAGAUGGACGAUUGUUUAACAGAAAGGAAAAAUAUCGAUAUGAUGUAAACUGUA